UUUCAUAAAACUAUUAAAACUCUUUAAUCGGCCGGUCUAUAUUUAUUUAUGUCUAUGAUUCUGUCUUAGAAAUAUAGAUCUAGAUUCUAGAUUUAGAUUUAAAUAUUUUAAAUAUAAUUAAGUCACAUUAAAUUUAAAUGAUUAAGUGUAUCUAGUCUAGAUCUAGAUUAGUAAUGGUAUCAACUUUGUCACUGCCCGCCUGAGUCACUGUGACUGUGUGGUGAAAUUGGUCAGUUUGGAUCAGGAUCAUCAGUCAGUCAUCAUCAGUUUAGUUGUGACUAGUGACACUACUCUACUGUCACUAGUGUUAGUUAGGAAUAGCCAUUGUUGUAAUUGUAUAGCCACACAUUUAUAAUGAUGCUAUGACAAAAUUGGAUUUAUAAACUGACAAAUGUCAUUCAAAAAUUGUUUAAAAGUUUAAGCAUUUAUUGCUUUUAGAAACUCUUAUCAUGGAUGACAUGAAGCAUGACUUUACUAAUGAACUUAAAACUAUCCUAAAAAGUGAGAAGAUAGAUUGGUCGUUAGAAUCAGAAAUGACUGACGAUACUUCUAUGUAUGAAACUUCUAAAUUAAGUUUAGAAGAACAGACACAGAAAUCUGAUGAACAAAUUCAUUCAAUGCCAAUGAUAGAUGAGUUGAAACAAGACUUUACCAAUGAUCUAUGCAAUGUUAUGAAAAAUGAGAAGACAGAAUUGUCUUUACUUCCAGAGACAUCUGGAUGCAGCUUCAUUGGUCAAACCUGGGAAUCAAUUUUAUCAGAGCAAAAAAUAUAUCCAAAUCAAGAGAUGGCUUCAAACCAAGAUAAACCUAGAAACUCUCCUAACAAAGAUGUUGUGCAUGCUGGAAACUUUAAAGAUGAAGAACAAUAUAGUUCAAAUGAAAAUAGAACUCUCCAGCUGGUUUCUGCUGAAAAACAAUGCUCUACUUCAUCAAUCUCUAAGAACCAUAAAUUAAUGCAUUGCUUUAGAAAAACAUUUAAGUGUGACUUAUGUCAAAAACAAAUGUUUUAUAAAUCUAGUUUAAAAGUUCACCUGGAAUUUCAUUGUGGAAUCAAAAAAUUCAAAUGUCAAAUUUGUCAAAAAGAAUACAUUUGCUCCUCAAAUUUAAAACUGCACGAGAUGAUUCAUUCUGGUAAAAAGCCAUUUAAAUGUCAAAUUUGUCUAAAACAAUUCUCUGCCUCCUCAAGUUUAAGAAUGCAUGAGAUGAUUCAUUCUGGUAAAAAGCCAUUUAAAUGUCAAAUUUGUAAAAAAGAAUUUACCAGAUCCUCAAAUUUAAAGGAGCAUGAAAAUAUUCAUUCUGGUAAAAAGCCAUUUAAAUGUCAAAUUUGUAAAAAAGAAUUCUCUGCCUCCUCAAGUUUAAGAAUGCAUGAGAUGACCCAUAGUGGUAAAAAGCCAUUUAAAUGUCAAAUUUGUCUAAAACAAUUCUCUGCCUCCUGGACUUUAAGAACGCAUGAGAUGAUUCAUACUGGUAAAAAGCCAUUUAAAUGUCAAAUUUGUAAAAAAGAAUUUACCAGAUCCUGUAAAUUAAAGGAGCAUGAAAAUAUUCAUUCUGGUAAAAAGCCAUUUAAAUGUCAAAUUUGUAAAAAAGAAUUCUCUGCCUCCUCAAGUUUAAGAAUGCAUGAGAGGAUUCAUUCUGGUAAAAAGCCAUUUAAAUGUCAAAUUUGUAAAAAAGAAUUUACCAGAUCCUCUUGUUUAAAGCAGCAUGAAAAUAUUCAUUCUGGCAAAAAGCCAUUUAAAUGUCAAAUUUGUAAAAAAGAAUUUCAGCGACCCUCUCUUUUAAAGCAGCAUGAAAAUAUUCAUUCUGGCAAAAUGCCAUUUAAAUGUCAAAUAUGUCUAACAGAAUUCUCUGCCUCCUCAAGUUUAAGAACGCAUGAGAUGAUUCACUCUGGUAAAAAGCCAUUUAAAUGUCAAAUUUGUAAAAAAGAAUUUACCCAAGCAAAUAGUUUAAAGCAGCAUGAAAAUAUUCAUUCUGGUAAAAAGCCAUUUAAAUGUCGAAUUUGUCUAAAAGAAUUUAAUGUAUCCUCUAAUUUAAAGCGGCAUGAAAAUAUUCAUUCUGGUAAAAAGCCAUUUAAAUGUCAAAUUUGUCUAAAAGAAUUUACCCAUUCCAUUAGUUUAAAGCAGCAUGAAAAUAUUCAUUCUGGCAAAAUGCCAUUUAAAUGUCAAAUUUGUCUAAAAGAAUUUACUGUAUCCUCUAAUUUAAAGUGGCAUGAAAAUAUUCAUUCUGGUAAAAAGCCAUUUAAUUGUCAAAUUUGUAAAAAAGAAUUUACCCAUUCCAUUAGUUUAAAGCAGCAUGAAAAUAUUCAUUCUGGUAAAAGCCAUUUAAAUGUCAAAUUUGUAAAAAAGUUUUACCCAAUCCUCUAAUUUAAAAAGACAUGAGAUAAUUCAUUCAGGUAAAAAGCCAUUUAAAUGUCAAAUUUGUCUAAAAGAAUUCUCUGCCUCCUCUACUUUAAAAAGUCAUGAGAUGAUUCAUGGUGCUGAAAAGCCAUUUAAAUUUUAAAGUUGUAAAAAAGAAUUUACCCAUUCCUCAUAUUUAAAGCAGCAUUAAAAUAGUCAUUCUGGUAAAAAGCAAUUU